CUCGCCCUCCAUUCAUCCCACUCCCAUUACCCCUUCAUCCUGGGUGUUGCUGCACUUGCAAUAUGAAUCCCAUGAAUGCCCCAGGAGGCGCGCCCGCUCUGUGGCAGGAGGCCCGUACCGCCGAGGGACGAGUCUACUACUACAAUGUCCAGACUAAAGCCACCCAGUGGACGAAGCCUGUGGACCUGAUGACGCCGGUUGAGCGCGCGUUGGCGAAUCAACCAUGGAAGGAAUACACGACGGAUAAUGGACGGAAAUAUUGGUACAACACUGAAACCAAGCAGAGCACCUGGGAAAUUCCAGAUGCUUACAAGAACGCUCUGGCACAGGCGCAGCCUUCUCAGCCUCCCCCUGUCGCAGCCCCGACAUUUGUUGCAGGUGGAGUCAGCUCGUUCCCAUCGUACCCCCAGCAGAGAGAACGCGACGACUAUGACCGCGGCUAUGGCGACCGCCGAGGAGGCUAUAAUUCAAUGGACACUAAUGGUCCUGCAGCGGCUCCGGCCUUGGGGAACCAGCAGGCCGAUCCGGAAUACAGCUCCCUGGAAGAAGCCGAAGGUGCAUUCAUGAAGAUGCUGAAACGCCACAAUGUGCAGCCUGACUGGACGUGGGAGCAGACCAUGCGCGAGACCAUCAAAGAUCCUCAGUAUCGUGCCCUCAAAGACCCCAGAGACCGCAAGGCAGCCUUUGAGAAAUAUGCGGUCGAGGUUCGCAUGCAGGAAAAGGAUCGAGCGAAAGAGAGAUUCGCUAAGCUCAGAGCAGAUUUCAAUACCAUGCUGAAGCGUCAUCCUGAAAUCAAGCACUACAGUCGGUGGAAGACCAUUCGACCGAUUAUUGAGGGCGAGACUAUCUUCAGAUCUACGGACGACGAGGCUGAGAGACGCCAGUUGUUCGAGGAGUAUAUCGUUGAGCUCAAGAAGGAGCACGUUGAACAGGAAGCGGUCAAGCGCAAGGCUGCCAUGGACGAGUUAGUCAACAUCCUGAAAUCCUUGAACCUGGAGCCAUACACACGCUGGUCAGAGGCACAGGCGAUCAUCCAGUCCAAUGACAGAGUUCAGAGCGACGAUAAGUUCAAGACCCUCAGCAAGUCUGACAUCUUGACUGCUUUUGAGAAUCACAUCAAGGCGCUAGAGCGAGCUUUCAACGAUGCUCGUCAGCAGCAGAAAGCCGCGAAGGCCAGAAAAGAACGUCACGCUCGUGAACAGUACAUUGAGCUCCUUAAGGAGCUGAGGUCACAGGGUAAGAUUAAAGCCGGCAGCAAAUGGAUGAACAUAUAUCCUCUGAUCAACGAGGACCCCCGUUAUCUUGGUAUGUUGGGAAACUCUGGUUCGUCCCCGAUAGAUCUGUUCUGGGAUGUGGUUGAGGAGGAGGAGCGGUCGCUGCGCGGACCACGUAACGAUGUCUUGGACGUUCUUGAUGACAAACGCUUCGAAAUCACGCCCAAGACCACAUUGGAAGAGUUCAACGCAUUCGUGUCCGCCGAUCGCCGCACGGCCAACAUCGAUCCUGAGACUCUGCAGUUGAUAUUCCAGCGCAUUCAAGAAAAAGCUAUCCGACGCAACGAAGAGGAGAAACACGCCGCCGAUCGGCAUCAACGACGUGCAAUUGACGCCCUGCGGUCGCGCAUCAAGCGUCUGGAACCUCCUGUCCGAGCCAGUGAUACAUGGGACCAAGUCCGACCGCGGAUCGAGAGAUACGAGGAAUACAAGGCACUGGAGACCGAUGAUCUCCGCCAGGCAGCCUUCGACAAGGUCAUCCGGCGCUUAAAGGAGAAGGAAGAAGACGCUGAAAGAGAACGGGAGGCCCGCGAUCGUGACCGUGGCGGCAGUCGUCGUGACCACGAUCGGGAUCGUGACCGUGAGCGCGACCGCGACCGCGACCACCGCAGCGGUCUCUCCUAUCGUGGCGAGCGACGAGGAGCAUCCAGCCGCAUGAGCCGGACCCCGGAGCCCGACGCCUAUGAGGCCGACCGCCGUAAAGCCCAGGCCGAUCGCGAACGCUCCUACCGUAAAGUCAGCGGCCUAUCUCCCGUGCGCGAGCGGCGCGAAGACAGGGAUCGAGACCGCGAACGCUACCGCGAGCGCGAACGGGAUCGGGACCGUGAGCGUGACCGCGAGCGCGACUGGGACCGUGAACGCAGCGCCCGCUCCCUGAGCCACUACGACCGCGAGCGCCGUGACCGCGAGGAAGAACGCGAACGCCUCUACCGCACCCGCGGCGACCCCCGUGGCAGCCGAGACGAACUCGACUACGGCGCCGACACCAAGAGCAUCGCCAGCACCGACCGGAGACGUAGACGGGACAGUGACGCGGAGAGCGUAGCUAGUCGCUCCACCAAGCGGUACCGACGGGAUAGUCGAGAGCGCGAUCGCAGCCGAGGAGCCCCCCGCAGAGACCGUCGCGAACGAACUCCCGUCGCCGCCGGUGCCGGUGCUAGUGCUGGUGCCAGCGCCGCCACCGCUGCUGGUACUGCUUCGGCCGCACCAGGCCCUGCUGCAGCCGUAGCGGAGGAAGCGAAGAAGGAAGAAAAGGCGGUGCAUUCCGGUAGCGAGGAGGGUGAGAUUGAAGAGGAUUAGUCGAGCUGGUCAUGUCGCUGUAAAGGCUUUCUCGGCCUGCUGGCGGGAUUUAAUUCCUCUUUAUUUUUUCUACCUCUCUUUCCCUUUGCAAAGCUUAGAUAGGAGCCAAAAGAAAAAAAAAGGGGGUCCAAUUCAUGUUCUUCUCUUCCUCUGAUUGUCAGUGAUACUGGCCCUUCUGUUCUGG